AUGGAUCGUAAGAGAAAACGUGAAUUGCGUGACGUCAACUCGAAGGCUUGGGCUGGCGCAACAGACUUGUUUAGUGUCAACAACUCUCUCGACUCAUCCCUCAAGAAAAAUACUGCCUUCAUAAAGCGACUACGGACAGCCAUCACAGCUGCUAGCACCACCACCUUUCUCCAAGAAAUCCGCUCCCUGUCGCUUCAAAAGUACCUUUCCGAGGUGAUAUCCGCCAGCUAUGAAGGUCUCACCAAGCUCAAGACGCCGGGAGAGAUCGCGGCGGGGGUGGAGAUUAUCGGUGCACUACAUCAGCGCUUUGGACCGGCUGAGUACACAAGCUACCUCGGAUGGCUGAUCGGACGGGGCUUGAGCACACCGGACAAGGGACAGCUGAAGAAUCUAGGGCAGGAAGCGAGAGAAAAGGAAGAGAAAGAGCGUCUAACAAGGCAUAGGGUGCUGCUCAAAGUUGCGACCGAACUUUGGCUUGUAGGCUUGCUGCGGAGCUUGGACGACGUUGCAAGGCCUGAGGAUGCUACGGCCAGGGGAAAGGAAAACGCUGGACCUGCGAGCAGUAAACUGGGUGAAGCUGUGGGGAAGUCAAAAUCUGGACAAGGCGUCGGUAAGGCGGGGUCUACAGACGCAGAACCUUUUCCCCUCGAAGUACUCAAAGAUUUGCUUGGCCAUGAUAAAGAGCACGUCAAUCUUCCUCUGGUAGUUUUGUUCGUGAAGAGCUUUGGUUGGGAUGUAUUGGGUAUCAAAUCGCCAAGCACAGACGGACAGAAAUCUGUCAAACCCGACGGGGCGAUCUCAGCAGCUCCGGAAACAUACGACCAGAGCUCAACUGACGAGGAUCUUGUCACAAGAGUAGAAGAUCCCCCGUUGACCACCACAGAACUCCAACAGCGCUUCAAAAACGUACUCAAUCGCUACUUUGAAGACGUCAAAACCCACAUCAUCCAGGGUAACAAAAGUAUCACUGCACAAGGACGACGGAAUGCUGAGGCCUAUGUCAAAUCCGGUGAAGUCUUUGAAGAUCGUCAGGCAAACUAUGACAAACAAUUGAAGUCCCAAGAGAAGCUAAUAACUAAUGCGCAAAUCCUGUGCGACGCGCUGGAAAACCAGGAAAUGCCAGACUUGAAAGAGAAAGACACACAAGAUACGGGAGCAUUUGCUGGGAUAGGGCUUGUCAAGACUGGCGAAUACCUUCGUGGUCAAGCCGACGGUGCAGGCAUCUGGGAGGAUGACGAGGAGCGCCGUUUUUAUGAAAAUCUGAUAGAUCUGCAAGAUCGGGUACCAGGGAUUUUGCUCGAAGACGGGAAGAAAAAGAAACAAGAAGGAGAUGAGCAGGUGGGCAAGCGAGUGGAAACCAAUGACGAAGUCAAGGAUUUGCAUGAGAAGGUGCCCUCGACUACAGCGUCGAACGAUCAGUCGACUGCAAUCGCCAAUAAAACCGUUGGUGCACAGGUGGAUGCCCUUCUAGCUCGCCUUCCGGAACUUCAAAACAAGGAGCAGAUCGACCAAGCUGCAAUGGACUUCUGCUUCCUCAAUUCUAAAGCAUCUCGAAAUCGCUUGAUCAAGACCGUCCAAGAAGUGCCCAAGGGCCGAUCUGACCUGUUACCAUCCUACUCACGCCUGGUGGCAACAUUGGGAAAGUAUAUGCCCGAUGUCUCUCACGGCCUGGUAUCGCAUCUCGAUGAUGAGUUCAGAAGCCUGCAACGGCGUAAGCAAAAGGACUUCCUGGGCCAGGUCCGAACCAGCAACAUUCGAUACCUUGCAGAGCUCACGAAAUUCGGCGUUGUGCCAGAGCACGUCAUUUUCCACUGUCUCAAAGUCAGCUUAGACGACUUUUCAAGGAUGAAUAUCGAGAUCAUUGGCAAUCUUCUGGAGAACUGCGGUCGCUAUCUGCUUCGGAACCCAGACACGGCUCCCAGAAUGAACUCGUUCCUGGAGACGCUGCAACGAAAGAAGGCUGCUCAGCACCUUGGGCAGCAGGAGCGAAUGCUGAUCGAAAAUGCAAUGUACUAUGUUAAUCCACCCGAGAGGGCUGCCAUUGAACAAAAAGAACGGACGCCCGUCCACCAAUAUGUCUCGCGACUUGUCUACCUUGACAUGAACAAACGCACCUACACCAAGGUACUCAAGUCUUUGCGCAAACUCCAUUGGGAGGAACAAGAGGUUGUCAAUAUGCUAGAGAAGAUCUUUUCCAAACCUGGUAAAGUCAAAUACAGCAACAUUCAUCUGCUUGCUGUCCUCAUCGGAUCUCUAUAUCGCUACCAUCAAGACUUCGUGAUCAUGGUCAUUGAUAACCUCAUGGAGAACAUCACGUUAGGCUUGGAACAGAAUGACUUCAAAUUCAAUCAGCGUCGACUAGCGGAGGUUAAGUAUCUGGGAGAACUAUACAAUUACAAGAUGGUUGACUCGCCCCUGAUCUUUGACACGCUUUACCGGAUGGUUACCUUCGGACACCCCGGUGGAACACCGACUCGAGAGAGACUGAACCCAAUCGACAUGCCCGAUGACUUUUUCAGAAUACGUCUUGUGUGCACUCUUCUCGACACUUGCGGCUUAUGCUUUGAUCGUGGCGCCGCCAAGAAGAAGCUUGAUUUCUUCCUGACAUUCUUCCAGUACUAUAUCCACACAAAGGAGAAUCUUCCCAUGGACAUUGACUUCAUUAUCCAGGACACGUUUUCGCUAACGCGACCGCAAUGGAAGCUUGCUGCUGACUUUGAAGAAGCUGGUCGUGCGUUCGCCGACUUGGUGAAGCAGAACUACAAAGCACAGGAACAGGAGAAGCCAAUUGAAGCAGAAGAACCUGACGAUGGAGUCUCUUCCGAGGAUGAAGCUGAUGAAGAUGAGCUACCCGUGCCAGAUGUGGACGCUCAAUCAUCAAGUGACGAAGCUGAAUUAGAGCCCAUUACUAAUGGCGAAUCGAAACAUGACUCCGAUUUCGAGGAGGACAUUGUCGUCACGCGUCAAGAGGAAGAGCGAGAUCCUGAAGCUGAAGCUGAAUUUGACAGGGAGCUUGCCAAGAUGAUGUCGGAGAGCCUAGAUUCUCGCAAAUUCGAUCGAAAGCCCAUGUUUGAUGUUCCACUACCUAUGCGUCGUGCACAGCGAGAGACGACGACCGCCGCCGAUGACAGUGGCAACGAGGGCGGUACCGCGACCCCACCCAACGCCAAUACCAUGGCAUUUUCCCUUAUGACCAAGAAAGGGAACAGACAGCAGACUCGAACCAUCGAGAUGCCCUCCGACUCCCAUUUCGCCGUUGCGAUGAAGUCCCAAAAGGAAGCUGAGCGCGCAGAACAACAGCGUAUCAAGAACCUGGUCUUGAACUAUGAUCUGCAAGACUCAAGCACAGAUGCUGGUCUAGGUGGCGAGAAGCACGGCCCUUCUCACCACCAGCACAACGCAUCCCUGCAUCAGUCAUCGGCGUCGAAUAACUCGAAUGCCAGACCUGCGGAUAAGUCUGGCACGAACCGAAGCGGUCAUCGUGCAAGGAAGCUGCAACUCAGUGAUGUUGAUUGGUAUGACCAGAAGCCUGACUCUUCCCGGAGUCGGGGAAGCGGAUCUUUUCCCCAUGGUCCCCAUCGGGGCCCGCGUAGAACUGCUGGCUGA